GCGGCCUAACUGUGUUGUGUUUUGGAUAGGUGCUGGGAAGAUAAUUGGCUGGUGCGGACUGGGGACAUAUUGGCCGGUGCGUCCUCUACUGCCUGCUGGCUGCUGCUUCUUGAUUUGAGAUACGAGUAUGGUGCCUAACGUGGCGGCUUGAUUAUUAGCAGUACCAACCGCAGGUUGUUGUAUGAGAGAAAACGCCGGUAGCCGGCUGGACUGCCUACCUUGCCUUACCUUUCCACUCCUAAACCGAAAAAUAGAGAAAUAGCAACACACUAACUAACAUAUACUACUGGUCAUCUCCGGCUCAGGAGGAGCAAGCAAGGGUUUUUUUCGCCUUGCCAAAAAAAAAAAAAUGGUUCAACAGGGUCACGUGCUACUGCAGCUACCAUUUCAAACCCAAUCCCUUCAAUUCUUCUUCUUCUGCAGCAGCAGCAGCAGCAGCAAAUGCUGCAAACCCAAGAAGAAGAAGAAGAAGAAGAAUGGACCACCCAUGAUUAUGAAUGCCGCCUCUACUACACUUGACCACACAUUUCGCCCUCCUUGUCCACCCUACCUCUUCCCCUUCCCUCCUCCUCCUCCACCUCUCUUUCUCAAGCAUCUGCCCAUGUCGCCAGUUUCCUUGCGCCACAGGAAAAACUCCAAAUCUUUCGCAACCGCCGCUGCACAACAACCCCCUCCCCCGGAUUCCUCUCCUCCUCCUUCCUCCCCGCCAAGACUGCAAACCCUUGCCCGGAGGUUCUGGAAAGUUGCUGCUCCUUAUUGGUACUCCUCCGAUGACAAAGUGCAGGCUAGAUCGAGGCUGCUUGCUGUUUUUGCUCUCACCCUUGGAACCACCGGUAUCAGUGUUGGUUUCAACUUCCUCGGCCGUGACUUCUAUAACGCUCUUGCCAACAAGGAUCAGGAGCAGUUUACCAAGCAAUUGCUAUAUUACCUCGCUGGUUUUGCGGGUGGAAUUCCGUUUUUUGUUUUGCGAGAUUAUGCAAGAGAUACACUUUCACUAAGAUGGAGGUCUUGGAUGACUAGCUAUUAUAUGGAACGAUAUCUGAAGAAUCAGACAUUUUAUAAAAUACAAUCUCAGUCAAUACUCGACAACCCAGACCAAAGGAUCGUUGAUGACUUAAGUUCCUUCACAGGAACAGCUGUUUCUUUUUCAUUGACACUCUUCAAUGCUGCAGUAGACUUGAUUUCUUUUAGCAACAUCUUAUAUGGCAUAUAUCCGCCACUUUUUGCUGUUCUUCUUGUCUACUCUGUUGCUGGAACAGCCAUAAGUAUUUUCCUGGGAAAGGACUUGGUGACCUUGAAUUUCCUGCAAGAGAAAAAGGAGGCAGAUUUUCGCUACGGACUUGUACGUGUACGAGAAAAUGCUGAAUCAAUUGCAUUUUAUGGUGGAGAGGGGAAUGAGAUGCAGCUGCUGUUACAACGUUUUAGAAGCGCAUUUGAAAAUCUAACUCAACUACUGAUAUCUUCCAGAAAUCUGGAGUUCUUCACCAAUGGCUACCGGAUUCUCAUACAGGUUCUCCCUGUUGCAGUUGUAGCACCUAUGUAUUUCUCUGGUAAAAUUGAGUUUGGGGUUAUAAAUCAAUCUGUAUCAGCCUUCAAUCAUAUUCUUGGAGAUUUCUCCCUCAUUGUGUACCAGUUUCAAGCUAUCAGUGCCUUUUCAGCCAUCAUUGAUCGAUUAGGUGAAUUUGAUGAUGUCCUGGAUAGCCAGAAUAUAAAAGGUCGAUCUGAAUCCAUGGAGAGAAUCCUGAUUAAUUUCUGCAGUAUAAGUGCAAUGGAGACCUUGGAAACUAAUGGAUCUUUUUCCCUUGACAAGUCUGUAAAACUACUUGACGUUGAGCACUUGACCCUUCAAACGCCAAUGAGUGGAACAACACUUAUAAGGGACUUGUCGGUUGAGAUAUGUGAGAAUGAUCAUUUGCUGGUAGCAGGACCAAGUGGAAGUGGCAAAACAUCAUUGUUGAGAGCUCUAGCAGGCCUUUGGAACAGUGGUCAUGGAAAAAUCACAUUCUACGUAAAGGAUGCUAGAGAUCCUCAGUCAUCCAUUUCUCAAGAGCUAGCUUCCUGUGUAGUAGCUUCUACACAUGAGACAGAUGGAAAUCUGCACAGCCUUAGACAGGGGAGCACUAGAAGUCUAUUCUUCCUUCCCCAAAAACCAUAUAUGGUGCUAGGAACACUUCGUCAGCAAUUACUUUAUCCUACCUGGACUGGAGAUCCAACUUCUGCAUUGGAUGCUGCUAAAUCAACAGCUAUGCUGCCAUUCCUAAUUCGUACCCCGAGCAUCAGCUGCCAGAGCAUGAGGCCUUCACCUCCUACAAAUGAUGAUUUAAGACGAGUUCUUGAAGAUGUUGGACUUGGGUAUCUAUUAUCACGUUGUAACAGUCUGGAUUCCAUAAAUGAGUGGUCUAAUGUCCUUUCACUGGGUGAGCAGCAGCGUCUUGCAUUUGCACGCCUGCUGCUCUCCAAGCCAUACUUGGCUCUAUUGGACGAGGCUACGAGUGCAUUGGAUGAAGCAAAUGAGGCUAAUUUAUAUGGGAAAAUUGGAGCUGCCGGUAUCACAUACGUAAGCAUCGGGCAUCGGAGGACGCUCUACAAUUACCACACCAGGGUCUUGCAUAUAUCCACGGCAGAACCAUUGAGCAUCCAGCGCAACUGGAACAUUGAACCAAUUAAUCCGGAGAGGGUGUAUAAUUUGUCAAAGCAGUAGAGCUACGCGGUCCAAACCGCCUAUGUGGAUGCAUGAGAGGUCGAUUACCGAUAUGAAGCGCCAUUUUUUUUUUUUGGGGGGGUUGUAACCCACAAUGGUACAACUCAAAACGCUACAAUUCGAUUAUUACAAUCAGUCCAAGGCGGGAUCAAUACAUACAGAUCCUGUGUAUAGUACGAGUAUGUUAACUCAUUAACUAUUACUUUAUGUUUCGAAACUGAAUACUAGCAGUAUAUCUCCUUGAAAA